AUGACGGCGAGUUACUUUAUGUCCAAUCUUGUUGCCGACAAUCUGUCGGCUCGAGUGGAUAUCGAAUGGACUGACGCUGUACUCUAUACACCCUAUCACAUACAGCAAGCAUUAUUGUAUGAACACGCCGAUUGUUUAGCUGUCCGAGCAUUCCUGAAAAUGGUUGAAUUGCCGUUUCGACUAGAGGAGCGCCCGAAUGCGGAAUUCAUGUCACCAAGUGGAAAAGUGCCAUUCUUGAGAUUGCAGACAUGUCUGAUUCCUGAAUUUUUGCCCCUCGUCGAAUUCGUCGCCAGACGGGGUGUGAAACUUUCUGCAGGUUUAACGGAUGCGCAGCGGGCGGAUAUGCAAGCGCACAUGGCACUUUUUGAUCAGGUCCUGAAGAAUGUAGAGGUAAGGCUUGCUUUUGAUUCCACAAAAUUUGCCUGUAUUUAUCUGAAUUUCAUUUAA